UCUACCUUUCUCUGCCGUGAGCUUGAUCAGCUGACUGACACAAUCAGAGAAGCACGAAGUUUUUGCUUUUUAUCCGUUUCAACUGCGCCAUGAGAACUGUAUUUAUCAGAAAUCUUCCGGACAUAUUUUGAGGAAUAUGAUUUUAAACACUGGUUUCAUCUGUCUAUGCAUUCAGAUCACGAAUGGUGUGUUUGGUGAUUCAGAUGAAGUGAAGUCAGUGUCAGUGAGUGAGGGAGAUUCUGUCUCUCUAAACACUGAUGUUCAAGUACAGAGAGGAGAUCAGAUACUGUGGACGUUUGGACCUCAAAUCACAAAAAUAGCUGAAAUCAUGAGAAGGGACCAAAUGAACCUUAUAUUUGUCAGUAAUGAUGGAAUAUUCAGAGACAGACUCCAGAUGGACAAUCAAACUGGAUCUCUGAUCAUCAGAAACAUCAGAUCUGAACACACUGGACUUUAUGAACUGAUCGUCAUCAGCAGAGGAACUUCAUUAAAGAGAUUCAAUGUUACUGUCUAUGCUCCUCUACAGAUACCUGUCAUUUCCAGUCACUCUUUAAAGUGUUCAUCUUCAUCAUCAUCAAGAUCAUCAGUGUCCAGAUGUUCACUAGUGUGUUCAGCUGUGAAUGUGAGUGAUGUGACUCUCUCCUGGUAUAAAGGAAUGAGUGUAUUGUCCAGCAUCAGUGUGUCUGAUCUCAGCAUCAGUCUCUCUCUACCUCUGGAUGUGGAAUAUCAGGAUAAAAACACUUACAGCUGUGUGAUCAACAAUCCUGUCAGAAACCAGACCACACAUCUGGACAUCAACACACUCUGUCAACCAUGUGAAGAACAGAGUCCCCGUUCAUAUUUUAUACUAGUGGUAGUUUUAUUGGUAUUUCUGGCCAUAAUUGCAGUUUUUGGAGGGAUUGUGUUCUGGCACAUCAAGAACCGUAAACCAGCAACACCAAGUGAAACGUAAGGAGGAGGAUGAAAUAGUGUACUCAAAGUGUUAUGAUCUAAGGAACAAAAUUACUUUUAAUAUUUUGUCUACAAUACUUCAGUCUUGUUGCAGUGUUUCUCAACUGGUGACUUAUGACCCAAAUAUUGAUCAGAGGGAAGCAAUGCUGAAUGCAAAUAUAAAAAUACUUCUAACGUGACUGUAAUCAUAGAUACUGUAAGUUAAAUAAUUUGGGAGAAAACCUUCAUAGGACAGGUAGUGGAAUGGAGCAAAAUAAACUAUUUAAUUUCACUUUAAAAAGCGUUUAUUAUUAAAUCAGUUUUUAUAGUAUUUUCUCAAACCUGAAACAAUCUAGCCCCUGAAAGCUUUUAACAUAAACACUAAAUUACACCAAUAAUAAUAAUAAUUUAGGUCUUCCAUCCAGGUAACAUAUUAAAACCAGCGUGCUUCACUCUAAUUAUCACUUCAGCAGUUACUGCAGAUGUCCUGCAUGAUAGGACAUUUCCACAGGUUUGGCUCUUCUCCAAAAACAUUGGAAUGUUUUCCUCCCUCAUUCUUUAUCACUGCAGCCCAUCUGGAUGGAGCGUGAAGUUCAGCUCCCCCUCUUUGAAAUAUGAGAAUAAUAGGAGGAGCGAUGUUCCAAACAUACCCUACCUAAAACUUCCUCCACCUAUUACAUCCACAGAGGUGGACAAGACAUCAUUUGGCUCUGCACUGAGCAACACGUGUCAAAAUGGGUUGUAUAAAACGUCUAACCACAACUUUAAACUUAACCCCACAUGAGGCACAGGCGCCUCCUACUUGAAGUGUCUGGCCUUCAGCGAAACAGUAUAUUGGCUUUCCUUGCUUUUCAUGCUGGAGAACUGUACUGAAUAAUAUUUGUAAAACUCGCAGAAAACUCACAGAGCCACUGGAAGGCAAGCCUGUAACCUUUAGCAAAAAACAAAAAAAAACAAAAAAAGCACUUUAAAAAAAAGGAUAAUGAAGGAGAGGCAAUACUAUGGUUGGGAACUAUUGUGUUGUUUUGGUCUAGUUUAGAGUAGAAUAACUGUUUCGCAGAGAUCAAACCAAACAUUGCUGUAAUCACAGGACAAAUGAGUUACACACCAGUGAAUGUCAUAGCAAAACCAAUCCAUCAUUCAGGACAAUAAAAACGUCCAGAAAAGAAGUAAAUUGAAAGAGCCAGAAAACCCUGUACUCUAGCGACACCUGCUGGUCAAAAUUGUAAAUGCAACGAGAACACAGCCAUACCAGAGCCACUGCAAGCCUGCAACCUUUAGCAAAAAAAAAAAAAAAAAAAAAAA